CCUGGUGAGGUGGGGAGCCAGCGAGAAUAAAGGUGUGGACGGGCAACCAGGACCCUCCGGAGGGAAACCCUCGCUAUUAGUAUCCUUAACUGAAGACACUGUCAGGAAGAACGUAAGCGAGAGAAAAAUACAAAGACUUUAUAAUUCUACUACAAGAAACCUACAAAUCCUUCUCUCGGAAAAACCUUCUCCAACAUGGAUAUGUUUGCGCUCACCUGGGUUUUCUUAGCUCUCCACUUUUCGGGACACCAAGUGGAAGGCCAAGCAGACCAACCCUGCGGAGGUCGCUUGAAUUCCAAAGAUGCUGGCUAUAUCACCUCCCCAGGGUACCCCCAGGAUUACCCGUCCCAUCAGAACUGCGAGUGGAUCGUCUAUGCUCCUGAACCCAACCAGAAGAUCGUCCUCAAUUUCAACCCUCACUUCGAAAUUGAAAAGCAUGACUGCAAAUACGACUUCAUUGAGAUCCGGGAUGGGGACAGUGAGUCCGCAGAUCUACUGGGAAAGCACUGUGGGAACAUCGCUCCGGCCACCAUCAUCUCCUCGGGCUCUGUGCUCUACAUCAAGUUCACAUCUGACUACGCCCGGCAGGGGGCCGGUUUCUCCCUGCGCUAUGAGAUCUUCAAGACAGGCUCUGAAGAUUGCUCCAAAAACUUCACAAGUCCCAAUGGGACCAUUGAGUCCCCCGGGUUUCCUGAAAAGUACCCACACAACUUGGACUGCACUUUUACUAUCCUAGCCAAACCCAAGAUGGAGAUCAUUCUGCAGUUUUUGACCUUUGACCUAGAGUAUGACCCCUUGCAGAUGGGAGAGGGAGACUGCAAGUAUGAUUGGCUGGACAUCUGGGAUGGAAUCCCGCACGUCGGCUCCCUGAUCGGCAAGUACUGUGGAGCCCAGACCCCCUCUGAGCUGCGUUCGUCCACCGGGAUCCUCUCUCUGACCUUCCACACAGACAUGGCAGUGGCCAAGGACGGCUUCUCUGCACGCUACUACCUGGUGCACCAGGAGCCCCUGGAGAGUUUUCAGUGCAAUGCCCCUCUAGGAAUGGAGUCUGGCCGGAUUGCUAAUGAGCAGAUCAGUGCCUCGUCCACCUACCUGGAUGGGAGGUGGACCCCUCAACAAGGCCGACUCCAUGGUGAUGACAAUGGCUGGACCCCCAACUUGGACUCCAACAAAGAGUAUCUCCAGGUGGACCUCCGCUUUCUCACAUUGCUCACAGCCAUUGCAACACAGGGAGCCAUUUCCAGAGAAACCCAGAAUGGCUACUUUGUCAAAUCUUACAAGCUGGAAGUCAGCACCAACGGGGAAGACUGGAUGGUGUACCGACAUGGCAAAAACCACAGGAUAUUCCAAGCCAACACUGAUGCCACGGAAGUGGUGAUAAACAAGCUGCAUUCACCGCUGCUGACAAGGUUCGUCAGGCUCCGCCCCCAGACCUGGCACACGGGCAUCGCCCUCCGCCUGGAGCUCUAUGGCUGCCGUGUCACAGACGCGCCCUGCUCCAACAUGCUGGGCAUGCUCUCGGGCCUCAUUGCGGACUCCCAGAUCUCUGCCUCAUCUACUCGCGAAUACCUUUGGAGCCCCAGCGUUGCCCGCCUGGUCAGCAGCCGCUCGGGCUGGUUCCCACGAAUCCCACAGGCCAAGCCAGGCGAGGAGUGGCUGCAGGUUGACCUGGGAGCGCCCAAGACCGUGAAAGGGGUCAUCAUCCAGGGUGCCCGUGGGGGAGACAGCAUCACGGCCGUGGAAGCCCGGGCGUUUGUACGCAAGUUCAAGGUGGCCUACAGCCUGAAUGGCAAGGACUGGGAAUACAUCCAGGACCCCAGGACCCAGCAGCCAAAGCUGUUUGAAGGGAACAUGCACUAUGACACCCCUGACAUCCGGAGGUUCGAUCCUGUCCCAGCCCAGUUUGUAAGAGUGUAUCCGGAGAGGUGGUCGCCAGCAGGGAUUGGAAUGCGGCUGGAAGUGUUGGGCUGUGACUGGACAGAUUCGAGGCCCACUGUGGAGACGCUGGGACCCACCGUGAAGAGUGAGGAGACCACCACUCUCUACCCCAUCGACGAGGAGACAACAGAAUGUGGGGAGAACUGCAGCUUCGAGGAUGACAAAGAUUUGCAGCUGCCUUCAGGAUUCAACUGCAACUUUGACUUUCCGGAGGAGCCCUGCGGUUGGAUGUAUGACCACGCCAAGUGGCUCCGGAGCACCUCGACCAGCCCCUCCAGCCCCAACGACAGGACGUUUCCAGAUGACCGGAACUUCUUGCGGCUGCAGAGUGACAGCAGGAGAGAGGGCCAGUACGCACGCCUCAUCAGCCCGCCCGUGCACCUGCCCCGCAGCACCGUGUGCCUGGAGUUCCAGUACCAAGCCACGGGCAGCCGCGGGCUGGCGCUGCAGGUGGUGCGCGAAGCCAGCCAGGAGAGCAAACUUCUCUGGAUGAUCCGCGAGGACCAGGGCAGCGAGUGGAGACAUGGGCGGGUCACCCUGCCCAGCUAUGACAUGGAGUAUCAGAUUGUAUUUGAAGGCGUUAUUGGAAAAGGACAUUCGGGAGAAAUUGCUAUUGAUGACAUUCGAAUUAGCACCGACGUCCCACUGGAGAACUGUAUGGAACCCAUCUCAGCUUUUGCAGUAGACAUCCCAGAAAUACACGGGAGAGAGGGCUAUGACGAUGACAUUGAUGCUGAAUACGAGGUAGACUGGAGCAACACGUCGGCCCCGACUUCAGGAGCUGGUGCCCCUUCCACUGACAAGGAGAAGAGUUGGCUCUACACGCUGGACCCCAUCCUCAUCACCAUCAUCGCCAUGAGCUCGCUGGGAGUCCUGUUGGGGGCCACGUGUGCCGGGCUCCUGCUCUACUGCACCUGCUCCUACUCGGGCCUCAGCUCCCGCAGCUGCACCACCCUGGAGAACUACAACUUUGAGCUCUACGACGGCCUCAAGCACAAGGUCAAGAUGAACCACCAGAAGUGCUGCUCAGAAGCCUGACAGAUGACACUCAAAUCACAUCUGACGUUUCAUUCCAGCAAGAGGGGCUAGUGAAGAUUACACUUUCUUUUCCUUUGGAAACUGAAUGCCAUAAUCUCGAUCAAACGGAUCCAGAAUCACCCCAGGUGAGGACAGGACAGCAAGUGAGCAGAGGGAGGAGGGACGAGACCACCGCGUGGGGGGGUGGGGGAGAGGGUUUCUGCCCUCCACAGUCGGAAUCAAACCACAGUGGCCAGGUCAUCACUGGGACAAAGGCGGGAGCUUAUCUCUUUGGGAGUCACAGUUCUAUUUCCUUGGUGAGUCUGUUGUUACUGUAUCUUUUAUUUCUUCGUCUGUGAGCGACUCAGAGAGGCAGAAGGGAAGGUCAUUUCCAGGACAGAAGCAGAG